AAACCAUUACCUUUUAUUUCUGAUUCACUUUUUUACGGAUUGAGAUAAAUGAUGAAGCUUUAUUAACAUGCUAAGCACCCAAAUAUUGAUCAAUCAAUAUUUACAAAUACUUUUGGUUCAGAGGUUUACAUGUAAUUAGAUCUUUCAAGAUUAAAUGUUGCUCUAUUAAGUACGGAUCUAAAGAUCUACUUAUUAACUUAUCGAAAAUUCAUGAGUAUUUCAUAGAAAAUACACCCGCGUCAUCAGGUUCAGUUGAACUCAGCAAUUUUCUUGAAUAUAAAAGGUUGACUUCAUGAUCAAUUGUGCACUUUGAUUAUAAGCUUGAACCUCAUCUUGAACAACUGUGUUUAUCUAGUUUAACAAAAUGCCAGUCCAAUUAUAUCACCAUAAACUUUCAGCACCAGCCCGAGUAGUUCGAAUCGUCGCCAAGCAAAUUGGUCUCAGUUUAGAAGAAAAAGAAAUCGAUUUAUUGUCUGGUGAACAUAUGAAGCCAGAGUUCCUCGCCAUAAAUCCAUUUCAUUGUGUUCCUACUCUGGUUCAUGAUGGAUUUGCUCUUUGGGAAAGUCGACCCAUAUGUACUUAUCUUGUGGACAAAUUUGCGCAUGGACAUUCACUUUAUCCAACUGAUCUACGAAAACGAGCAACUAUCGAUCGGUGGCUUUAUUGGGACUCAGGGACAUUUUUCUCAUCAUUAAAAGCUUAUUAUAUGCCUGCCAUUCCAGGAAAAUCAUUUCAACCCGAAGCGGCUGAAUUGUUCAAGAAAAACGCUUCUGCACUGGAUGAAUCAUUGAAAAAUACUAAAUAUGUUGCUGGGGAUAAAUUGAGUGUUGCUGAUAUUUCAAUAACAGUUACUGUGACUUUAUCUACAGCAAUUGGUAUUGAUACAAGUGAACUCAAAAAUGUUCAAAAGUGGUUGAAACAAGUGGAAACUGAUCUAAAACCAUCGACUUGGCAAACUUUAGUCAUUGAUCCAGCUAAUGGUUUAGCAGAUUUACUCAAAUCUAUGGCUUCUAAAAGUUCAUAAAUUGAUUUCAUUUCAUUUUGAGAAAAAAUUUCUAUCUAAUAUUUAAAGAUGAAUUAAAUUGAAAGAUAUUAGCGAAAAAA